AUGCUGGGAAUCGGCUUCAAGCUAAGCGAGACACCCGUGGCCUCACUACGUAAUUCGAUCAGCACAUUCUUGCGGCGCGAGUAUUCAUUUGAUCAAAACAAUUCGCUAGCGGAGAAUUGUGAAAUCGCGCUUGAUCACUUUGUACAACUCAAAAAGGAUGUAGAUCUGGUACGUACGCCCUCAGCCAUCUCUCGCCACGUGCUACUGCGCUAUUAUGCACAGCUCGAUAAGAUAGCUCAACGCUUUCCGUGCGACAGUGAGGCUUCUGGUUGUGACACGCUAAGACUUCAAUUUACAUGGAACGACUCAUUUUGUCCACGGAGAAAGAGCACGCAAACAGGUGUAUCGUUUGAAAAAGCGGCAAUAAUGUUCAAUAUGGGUGCUUUAGAGAGUCAGUUAGGUCUUCAGACCGACCGCAGCACAGCCGACGGACUAAAGGCUGCUUGCCACCACUUUAUGAAAGCCGCAGGGGCUUUCACUGAGGUGAAAGACAAGAUUUUGGAGCAAACCAUAGGUACUAGGACGCCCGACAUGAGCACAGAGGGAUUAGGAUUGCUCGCAUUCUUGAUGCUAGCACAAGCUCAAGCUUGCUUUUAUGAAAAAGCAAUCAAAGAUCAGAUGAAGGAUGGAAUCAAGGCGAAACUUGUGCACCAAGCACUCGACUACUACGUCUCGGCACUCGAGUUUUGUCGCUCUUCGGCACUUGCAGGAGUCAUUGACAAAUCGUGGGACGUGCAUUUACAAUUUCAAGUCCAUUGCAUGCGUGCAGCUAUGCAAUACUGGCAAGGGUUGGCAUCAAAAGCUGUUGCGUUGAAUCGAGGCGAAGGAUACGGAGAAGAGAUCGCGCGACUUAUUGCAGCAGAUACAGAGUGCACGGUAGCUUGCAAGCUGGCAACAGAGAAUAAAUUGCCAACAGCACUGCUAAACUCCGCGCAGUCUUUGCAGCAUAAGAUUCGUGAUCAUCUUGCCGCUGCAGAAAAAGAUAAUGCCAGUGUUUAUCUGGAAAAUAUUCCGAAACUUUCUGAUUUAUCGGCAAUAGGAAGAGCAUCAAUGGUCAAACCAUUGGCAUUUUCUGGAGAGGAACUACAGCAAGAGCUUGACGGUGUGGAUCUUUUUGAACAAUUUGUACCAAAAGAUUUGUUGCUUCGUGCUGAUGAUGUGAAGCAAGAGAUUAAAACUAUUCUAGACCAAACGGCAGAUAAAGUGCUAAAGAGUAACGAAGUCACAAAGGAGAAGCUUCACGCUAUGGGACUUCCUGCUUCUAUCGAGGCGUUUGAAAGAACCGACAACAGUGGUAUGCAUACAAUUUGGCAGCGGGUUCAGUACGUGAAAGUGACUACCGCCACAGCUGCGUUUGAUCUUGAAAGUGCAGAAACAAAUCAAGUUGAAGUGAUUAUCCAGCAAUAUUUACAAAAAAACAAUCAGCUAUCAGACGAGGCUGAACAAGAUCUUCGAUCAAUUGAAUUGCGUUUAAAUGAAGAAGAAGGUGAAGACAAUAUGUGUCGGCAGAAUUAUGGAGGAAAGAAAUGGAUGCGGCCGGUGUCGUCAUCGCUUAAUCAAAACUUUCGAUUGGAUAUUGAUCGCUAUUAUCGAUUAUUAAAAGAGGCCAAAACAUCGGAUGCGAUUGUUCGAGAAAAAAUGGUUACAAAUCAGGAAAAACUCGAGAUGCUGUCCAGCUCAAAAGAAAGUUUGUACCAUGAGCUGCCAAGAUUGGAGCAAGAUUGCUCGAGCUUUAAGGAUGAAAUUGCGAAAGUUUCGUCAUUACUGAUGCAAUUGGGGCAACUUGUACAGGAGAAAGACCGGGUGCUGCAUGAUUUUAAAGAAUCCUGUGAAAACCUUAAUUUGCUGUCAGUGUUGCUGAGUGGGAAGAAAGCGAAUGAUGUCACCAUUGACAUUGCACUGGAAAACGAAAAGCAAUUCUUUAUCGAUCGUUUUGCAGGCAAAAUCAGCAUUUUAUGUGACGAAGAGCAGGAUUUGCUCGACGAAUUGAUUAUUGCAAACUCGAACUUUGAGGCGAAAAAAGAAUCGGAUCAUUUGCUGCGCGAGCGCCAAGCCUUUCUUCAGCGUCUGAGCGAUGCUGUUGACGUUUUCGAGCAACUUGAAUCUCACGUCAAAGAAGGCGCAAAAUUCUACGCCGAACUCAAAACUCGGAUUGCACUCCUCCAUCAAACCGUAGCAGAUCACUGUUCUGCGCGUACUUUAGAACGGCGUGAACUGGAGAUAACUCUAACCAUGGACGAAGAAAUGCGUCAGCGCGAGAUUGCAGAUGCAGCUUUAGCACAAAAAAUGUCGAAUGACAUGCGAAUUUACGACACUGGUGGUCGAAAUGCAAGCGAUGAAGCGCUUGUGCGUGAACUAGCCGGCAGCCCAACGCGAUACUAUCCGGCAAGUACCACCCCACAACAGUCCGCAAGUUUUUCACAUGAUGUCGCGCAGCAGCCUCAACGAUUUUCGCAACAUUUGUUUUAUGGGAAUGGGCCAACAUCACCUGCUUCAUUUGAUGCCUAUGACACCAACCACAGUCAGCCGCCUCAACAACAGCAGUCGUAUAAUAUUUAUCAGUACCCUGGACAGCAGCAGGUUUAUAAUCAAGGACAUUUAGGCGACUCGGUGUAA